AUGACCGGUUCACCUUCGUCCAGCACUUCGGUCCCUAUCUUGGCGGGAUUUGUUUCAAUUUCUCCUACCGGGGCUCCGGUUGGUGCAUUUCCAGUCGUGACUGAGGUUCAAACCUCUAAGCUACAACAUCUUUCUCUCCCAUUGGUGAUUGAUUCUAAGAAUAUGGUUCAACCCUCACACGAGGCGAAGAGCCCAGUUCAGAAUUACGCUUCUUUGCUUAAGAGCUCGGCUCAGAUGCAAGAGCUUGGUAACCCCACUGAACACGUGUCUGGUGUUCCGUUUGUCCUUAUACCUGAUGAGAACAUCGAGUCAGCAAAACUUGAGUUCAAGGAUUUCAUAUAUGCUCGUUUCCAUGGAGAUAUCCCUCAAAUGGGUCGAAUCAUUGGAGUUAUAAAUGUUGUGUGGGCUAAGUCGGGCCCUAAGAUCUAUGUUCAUCGUAUUGGGCACGGCUACUUCCUUCUUAGAGUCACGAACCCCAAGAUCUUGUCUCGCACCUGUUGGAAUAUCGCAGGAGCGCCUAUGUUUGUCGCACCGUGGUCUCCCGAUUUCUCUCCAAAAGAAGCUCCUCUCACUUAUGCUGUUGUCCCAGUAGAGAUGCAUAAUGUUCCUUAUCUCUUGUUCAACAAGGAGAGCUUGAACAGGCUAGCAACUGCAAUUGGCAAGCCGGAUUCCCUCGCGCCUGAAACGGAAAGGAAACUCAAUUUUGAGGUGGCAGAGAUGUAUGUCAAAGUUGAUCUUAUCGUCAAGCUUCCUCAAUCAAUUGUUUCUGGAUUCUCCAACGGCAUGGAGAAAUAUGGUCAUAAAACGGACAAAUGUCGAGUGAAUGUUCCCCACGGUUCUCCUGAGCGCACCUCAGCAAAGAAAUCUAAUCCAGAAGCACCUAGGGAUCCAUCAAAGUCUCGUCAUGGUCGCUGUCAAGACCCCAAGAUUAGACGGGGUUCCGCUGGUCAUGGUGGUACUUCGAGAGUUGAGGAGUUGUCAGACCAAGGAGUUGGUGUUCCUUCCCCUGUUGGUAUUUCUGGAGUUGAGGAGUUGUCGAAGCAAGGAGUUGGUGUUACUUUCCCUGUUGGUAUUUCUGGAGUUUAUGAGUCGUCAAAGCAAGGAGUUGGUGUCACUCCAUCUCCUGGAAAUUCUGAAGCUGUUAUUGUCUCCAAAGAAGUCACUGAGCCAGAUAUGGAGGAAGGUGAAUUUAGACCUUCUGAUGGUGUAGAAGCGGUAUCUCAAAGGGGCAACGGAUCUGCUCCGGCUGGUUCUGCAAACAUGGACCUUACUGUUGGUAUUCCUACGGAGGAACUCAGUGGUACAGAAGUUACAAAGACAUAUGGACUUUCUGUGGAUGUGAGGUCAAGUUCUGUGGUGAUUGAUGAAAGUUUAGAUGCUGGUCCGAAGCUGAGACUGGAUAAGGCUAAGAUUGUAGAAGAACCUUUUUUCCUGGUCAAUAACAGGAAGUGUGGCCGCAAGUGUCUCUGGGAGGGUCUGGUGGAGCUUCACGAUUCUACCCCAGUUUCUCGGUUUCCUUGGGCUGACCUCGGAGACUUCAACCAGAUGCUGCGGACUUCCCAUCAUUCUAACCAUUUUUCCUCUCAGGUUGACGAAGCUGGCAUCGAAGAUGCAAAUCUAUGUCUCCAGGACGCUCAGCUUUUUGAGGCACAGUUUAAGGGGCCUCCUUUUACUUGGAGGAACAGUCAGGAUGAAAACCCCAUAUCUACUAGGAUUGAUCAUGCUCUAAUAAAUCAGCAUUGGACUACAAAGUUCCCUGAUUCUUUUGCGGAUUUCUUGGACCCGUCGCAGUCUGAACACGCUCCAUGUUUAUUUCGGCUACCUUCAGCAACCCGCCGGGUUUGCAAAACUUUCAAGUUCUAUCAUCAUGUUGUGGAUCAUCCUCAAUAUAAUGAUAUAGUCUCAGGGUCAUGGCAGUGUGAUCAGAUUACCGGUACUAAUCAGUUCAAACUGGUCCGUUCUAUGAAAUUGUUGAAAGGGGGUUUGAAGAGGUUAAAUAAGCAGCAUUUCAGUGGAAUCUCUCAAAGGGUUAAGGAUCAGUCGGUGGUUGUAGUGGACCUGCAACGAUCUCUUUUAACCUCGCCUGAUAUUGUUACUGCUAGAGAAGAACAUGUUCAAAGACAGAAGUUAAAUGUCCUUCUUACGGCGGAGGAGAAGUUCUACAAGCAACGUUCUAGAGUGAGAUGGGCGGAUGUGGGUGAUCGAAAUACAGUUUUCUAUCAUCGGGUGGUCUCUCAACAUCAGACAAGGAACCACAUACACUAUCUAAAGGAUGAAUCUGAUCACUUGUACCUUACUACUGAUGAUAUCAAAUCACAUUCAGCUGCUUAUUUUCAGAGCAUUCUUGGCAAUACUGAUCUACCUAUUUCAUCAGCGACGAUUCCUGACCUGUAG